GCAGCAGCCGUCGCUGUUUAUUCAGCAUGUGAUAUUGUUGACGUGAAUGAACGUUGUUAGAUUAAGUGCUGUCUAGAUAAAUACUGUUUUAUUGCUUUUAAUAAACGGAUAACACUACUAGCCGUGCGCUAAUGGGGUGUUUUUGUUUUGAACUUUACAGCUAAUAUGUAUUUUAACCCCCCAAACAGCAAAUUUAUGGAGCGACAAUAGCUGAAAGGGUUAGAUUUUAGUGUACGGUAUAUAAUGUAACUGACCCUAACUGUGUUGAAACAAAUGGUUUGAUCCAGCGCACAUUGCAGCUGCCGUGUUAAUGAUUUUUGGCUGGUAGUAGAAGAUCAUUUAUCAGGAUGUCCUCAGUCGAAGAUGCUGUGAUCUCUGCACGGAGCUCAUGGCUGUGCUCGUCACAGAAAAAGCUGUGUGAUGUUCUCAUCAAAACACAAGACAACGGUCCAAACGAUAACUGCACGUUUGGAAAUGACGGGUGUGACCUUGUCUGUCUGGAGAGAGCUGAGGAGGGCUCGCCAUGUGUUGUCACACUUCUGUGCACACCUCACUCUGUAUCUGUGAUCAGCAGUCUCCAGGUUGUCAGUGAAGCCCGCACUAUUGAAGUGUACUCACUGUCUGGAGAUUACUGUGGCACCUGCCGUGGAGAGGAACUUCAAAGAUCACAACCUGAUGAUUCUGAAGUUAAGAGGCAUUUCUACAGGAAUCAUCUGGUGCUGGAAAACCCUGUUGCAUCCUGUGAGGUGAAGCUGCUCUCUCUCGGUGGCCGCUCAUCUGUGGCUAUUGCCCAUGUGGGUGUGGGACUGGAAAUGCUCAAGGACAGACAAGGUGGGCCGAGUAUAGACCCAGGCAUUGACCUUAAGCGUGUGCAGACGAUGAUGGAGGAGAUGGGCACCACCCUUUCACCAGGAGCACAGAAUCUCAUGGAGCUGGUGCAGUGCCAGCAAAAGAAUAAAUCAGAUAUGCUCAAUGGGUUCAUUCCUCUGCUGAUGGGAGGAGGAGCUUUGAGCUGUCUGUCAAGAGGAGGUGGGCCUUCCAGUUCUGCAGGAGCGGAGUCAGGCCCAAAUCUGCCAUCUGGCCUCGGGCAGCUUCUGUCUACAAGCAACCAGAACCAGAUCCCCGAUGCCAUGUCUGCCCUGCUGAGCUCUGAAACGGGCACGAUCAACCCAGACCUGCUUCCGAUGCUGCAGAGCGUAUGCGGUCAGGUCACACAACUCCGAAUGGAGGAAGCCACAUCUUCAGAUAGGAAGAAGAAUGGAGAACAGGAGGGUCAUAUAUGCUGUGGAGGGUUUGAGAAAUUUCUGGAGAGUAUUGUAGAGAAGCGAAUGGAUGAGAUGGAGAGAAGAUUAAAGGAACAUCUGGAUCUGCGUCUGGACGCUCUUCAGCAGAGACUGGAAGUCACGCUUCAGCAGGCACUCUCUCAUAAACACCAGUAAACAACAUCCUCCAACACACAAUACUAACCUGAACACUUUUAACAAGAUCUCUGCCAUGAUCUUUUACUUCAGUGACAACUAAAAGGCCUUUUUAUUCAUGAAAAUUAUGGAUCUACAUAACAAAAAUACUUGUUUCAGCAUCGAUCUUUACUGCAUUGUGUUUAUGGUUUAACAGCAAUCCCUGGUUUUCCGUCCCACCCCGAGAAACUGUACUGACAAGUCGGUUCACUAACACGAGUCCACGAAGAAUAUUAGGUGAUCUUCACAAAUGACAACUACUAUAGGAGCUGUUCUUAAUAA